AUGUGCGGAAUUCAUGCUUCCAUCACCACAAGUUCCGACCAGGCCCUAUCGUCAGAACUAGAACGAUGUCUCUGCAACAGAGGACCCGAUCACACAGGGACUGUGAAGACGCAGCUCGACAACGGCCAAGGUGAACUCUUUCUCACCUUCACGUCGACUGUUUUAUCGCUACGAGGAGAUCAUGUAGCAAAACAGCCGCUUGUCGAUCCUAUCACCGGAUCUGUCCUCUGCUGGAACGGAGAGGCUUGGGCCAUUCGAGGAGAGCCUGUACAGGGCAAUGAUGGUGAAGCUAUUCUAGCUCUGCUGGCCGAGGCCAGUCAGGGCUCGGGAGAUGUUAUGGAUGUUCUGCGAGCUAUCGAAGGACCCUUUGCAUUCAUUUAUCUGGACAAACCUGCCAAGCGGCUUUACUAUGGACGCGAUCGACUUGGUCGUCGGUCUUUGCUUGUCAAAGACGGACUCCCUUUUGCUCUUUCAAGUAUCGCCGUGACACCGGUUGAGGGAUGGACCGAGGUUGAAGCUGAUGGAUACUAUACUCUGGAUUUAUCUGUUGAUGUUUCUGGCGGACUGUUGCCAGAGCGACAUGACUGGACUGCUGACACUUCCUUGGUAUCGAACAUUGGUGUGUUCAACGAUGAGAUCCCGCAACAGAGUUUUUCUUUAGAGCCAAACUCGAGAUCCGUGCAGGAGCUACAUACUCGUCUGGUUGACUCUCUUCGGCUACGAGUUUUAGACGUUCCACUACCCCCAAAAGCUACAUCUACAGAUGCACGAGUCGCCGUGCUAUUCUCAGGUGGUCUUGACUGCACCGUACUAGCGCGCUUGUCCCAUGAUAUGAUUCCGCUGGAUCAGAGCAUUGACUUGAUCAACGUCGCGUUUGAGAAUCCCAGAAUAGCAGGGCAAUUUCCCGACCUGUCACAGGAGGAUCUUUAUGAGAAGUGCCCGGAUCGGAUGACGGGCAGAAAUGCAUUUGCAGAGCUCAGCCACGUUUGCCCUGGUAGGACAUGGCGGUUUGUAACCGUAAACGUACCUUAUGCCGAAAAUCUUGAGCACCGACCUGAGGUUAUUCGCCUAAUCCACCCCCACAACACAGAGAUGGACUUGUCGAUCGCCUGUGCCUUAUACUUUGCUGCAAGAGGACAAGGACUAGGCGAGACAAACACUGGAUCGACACCGCAGCCAUACAGCACGACGGCACGAGUGUUGCUGUCGGGACUGGGAGCUGAUGAGCUGUUUGGUGGAUAUGGUCGACACGGUGUAGCUUAUACACGGGGCGGCUACGCUGGAGUUGUGAAGGAGUUGAAGCUUGACGUGAGUCGGCUCGGAAAGAGAAAUCUCGGCCGAGAUGACAGGGCCAUGUCUCACUGGGGCCGAGAAGUAAGAUUCCCUUACCUCGAUGAGCGGUUUGUCAAGUGGGCAAUCGAGUCUCCGGUAUGGGACAAGUGCGAUUUUGAAAAUCCAAGUGGUGAAGACGUUUUGGAUGCAGAGAAGAGAGUACUGCGACUGGUUUCGCAGUCUCUUGGCAUGAAGACUGUUUCACGGGAGAAGAAGCGCGCUAUACAAUUCGGUGCGAGAACAGCCAAGAUGGAGAGUGGAAAGACCAAAGGAACAACGCUUCUCUCCUGA